AUGAUAGAAGUCGUCUACAUUGUCCGACAUGCAUUCCGGACCAGCUGGUCGGUGGAUCCUCAAACAGGUGUAUACACGGCAUCCAUGGCGCGGUCACCAACCGGGAUACCCACUGACCCGCCGCUGACGGCCAAGGGCGUUCAGCAGAGCAAGGAGCUGGCCGAGCACCUUGCUGCGAUCGACCCGCCAAUCGACAGAAUCUACUCUAGUCCUUUUUACCGCUGCCUGCAAACCCUGAAGCCUUUCAGCGAUAAGGUGCUGAGCGAGGGCAAGGCAGGCGGCAAGAUCAGAGUGGACAGGGGCAUUGGCGAGUUUUUUGGCCGCGCCCACUUCGAGCAUCCCGCGCCCCCGACUCUCGAGCACCUCGCGCCGCACUUUGACAACCUAGACUCCGACUAUGUGUCCCUGCAUGUGCCGGGUUCCAACGGGGAGUCGAUACUCGAGCUGCACCAGCGCGUGCGAAAGGCGCUAGAGCACAUUAUUACGACGCUGGAUCAUGAACCGCACCAGCCCAGGACCGUCCUGCUGUGUACCCAUGCCGCGACUAUGAUAGCAGCGGGCCGUGUGCUGACAGGGCUGAUGCCGGAGAAUCCCGACGACGACGACUUUCAGUGCUACACGGCGGGCCUGUCAAAGUUUGUACGCCGAUCCAGAGAUGCCGACAAGGGUGUUGCGGGCAAUUGGGACUGCGAGCUCAAUUCGGAUACGUCGUAUUUGUCGGGUGGCGCUGAAAGGGGGUGGCGCUUCAACGGGGAAGAGAGUUUUGUAGACUUCUCAGACACGGGCAUGACAGGCGAUGUGGACUCGAAACUAUGA